CGUCAACAUUUAGCCUAGACCUCUUUAUCCUUCAAUCGUUAUAUAAGCAUGGCUGCCAUUCUUCGCAUCCCUGAAAAGUCAGGAAAUGAAAUCCGUUUAGCUCACAAGUUUGUUAACUCCAAUGUUCAAAUUGAAACUGGCAAUGAACUUCUAUUGGAAGCUGAAGGCAAAAAGAUUGAUGCACCCAACACUAUCAUUAAAUACCUUGUGAACAAGUCUAAAUCUGAAUUGCUCGGUGCUGAUAAGGCUGAACAAGCUCAAGUCGAAGAAUGGUUGUCUUUCUGCAACCAAUCUCUCAGAGGUGUCAGUAAAAAGGAAAUUGUUUCUAAUAUUGAGAAAAAAAUCAAUGAACAUUUGAGCAAAAACACUUUCUUUGUUGGCAACCAUUUGACUAUUGUCGAUGUUGUUGUUUUCGGCCUUCUUCAUUCUCACAGUAAAAGUAUCAAGGUCAACUCUGCACCCAACACCUUACGUUGGUUUGAUUUGAUUCAAAAUGUGGUGAUCAAGGCCAACAACUUGACUGAGGAAUUCCCUCUCUUCGAAAUCAAUUUGGACGAUGUUCCUGAGCCCGUCGCUCCUGAGCCCGCCAAAAAAGCUGAUAAGAAGGGUGCUGAUAAUAAGAAACCCGAAGGUAAUGCACCAGCUGCCGCAAAGGUUGAUGAUAAGGCUGCCCCUAAUGCUGCUCAACAACAAGGCGCCAAGCCCAAGAAGGAAAAGAAGAAGGGUGAAAAGAAACCUGCUGCUGCUGCUCCUGCUGAAUCUGAUCAACAUGUCUUCUCUCGCAUUGAUCUUCGUGUUGGUUACAUUAAAUCUUGUAAGGCUCACGAAGGUGCCGAUUCUCUCUUUGUUGAGCAAAUUGAUCUUGGUGAACCGGAAGGUCCUCGUACCAUCGUCUCUGGUCUUCGUAAGUUCUAUACUGUUGAACAAAUGGAAAAUCGUUUCGUUUUCGUGGUUGCCAACUUGAAGCCCGCUAACAUGCGUGGUGUCAAGUCUUUCGGUAUGGUUUUGUGUGCUUCAAAUGCCGAACAUACAGCUGUUGAACUUUUGGAGCCUGUGAGUACUAAUGGUCUCAAGCCUGGUCAAAGAGUUGUCGUUGAUGGCAUUGAAGGUGAGGCUAUGGAAUCUUUGCCUCCCAAGAAGAAGUACUGGGAAGCUGUUCAACCUGAUCUCAACACAAAGGAUGAUCUUUUGGCUUACUAUGGUGAUAAGCCUCUUAUCGUUAAGACCGAAUCCGGUGAAUCCAUUCAAUUAAAGGCUGUUACCAUUAAGAAUGGUGGCAUUUCAUAAAGGAGGAAAGGACGAUUUUCUGAAUGCUUUUUACUUUCCUUUAGUGUAUAAUUCAUAUUAGCAUGUAUUUUCCAUGCUCGCGUCUAACGCUUGUAAAAACAAAAAAGAAAUAAAAUGUUUUUAUAGAUUC